GCUGCAUCGGUCUCUCGUUCGAGCGUUUCGCUGCCGAUGACUUCGUUCGGGAGGUCCUUGCUGAGAGAAGAUGGAUGCGCCAAGAAGUCCCAGUUCCCCCACCACGGACCGUUUUGUCAUGGUCGGUGCCAUCUGCAAACCUCGAUGGAAGACCAAGGAUCGAGGUCCCAUGGGGUGAUGUUCGCUUGAUGAACAGCGACGGAUCUGCUGAGACUGACAGAGGCAGACCGCCCAGUCGAGGAGGUGAAUCCUGGCAGCCGCUAGGACAAACAACUCCGCCAGCGUACGAGCAGGUGACGCCCGAGUUGUUCGAAUUGUGGCAGACGCAGGGACCCAACCAGCCGCCUGCAGAUCAUGAGUCUGACGAGCAGGAGGCCAGCGAAGCCGCGGACUCUGCCAGUGUAGAGGACUCCCACGCUUCACGCACUUCACGCCCAGAGGUUAGCCACAGCAGCCGACAGGACACAGGACCUGGCCACCAGAUUGCGGAUGCCAUCGAUGAUCACGAACUGGAGCUCGUUGAUGGCAGGCCGCCUGGCCCUCAAGGAGAGUUGUCCCGCUCAGAGCCCGAAAGCAUUGCGGUCGACCGCUCAACUCAAGAAGCAGUCGCGGAAACGGCUGGAGGCCAGGAUGUUGCGGCUGAGGCGGACCAUGCAGGAUCCGGAGAGUCCGUGGAAGCCGUUGAGGCAGAGGCAGCUUCCACCAGCGACUCGACCUCAAGCUGUCAGAUAGAAGAGAUCGAGGUGAAGGACACGGAAGGCUUUCAGGUGGACGAGUGGGUCUGUGAGGCGAAGGCCACAGCCCGUUCUGAGGUCGACGAGCUGCCUGAGUCUGCAGUCGAAGCGAGCACACAGGAUGGACAGGGAUCUGGCUUGCGACCAGGUCUUCCAGUGAGUGAUGGGACUGCGCACGAGAAAGUCACAGACGAGGUGGUUUCAGUAAUCAUGGACGAACUGAUCAAUGACACCAUUCAGUCUUCAGCUGCUACUGAACCAGCUCUACGACAUCCGACGCCGAUAGCUCCAGCGUUUAUCGACAUCUUCAGCGAGGAUUCUGCUCCUGACGGCUCCAGCGCCGAGAGCGAGAGUGUCGUCCAGCCCUCUCCCAGGAGGCCGCUGCAAAAGAACGAGGAAUUGGGCAGGGAGGCUGUGAAAGGAAGCCCGCUCCCUCGAAAGAUGCCGGCAAAGGCCGAAGAAAUCCGCCUGGCAGCAGGCCUUCGGACAGAGAAAAAGGCUUCAACAGAGGAUGGGCCUCCGCGGCCGCCCUCCCCGCCUCCUGACCUGCGUAGUACCGACACGGAACCAGCAAGCACCGCACCGCAAGCCGACAGAAGCCCAAAAGGACGACAAGACACCGCUGAGCUCAUCAGCCAGGAGCUCUUCGACAUGUUGCUCGGUGAGGCCUUGGAUGCAUUCGACUGUACGUCGCCUGGUCGUCGCGAGAUCAGUCCACUUGAGGAGACUCGACUUAAUAUUCUCGAUGGCUCUACGCCGGCAAGCCCACUGGCAGGACCGCAUCCGAUCGACACAUCUGAUGCAGUUGUGGCUCCAUUCAUUGAGGCUGUUUUCCAGCAGCUUGGUGUGACCGAUGAGGCACAACCGAUUAUUGGGCCCCUGCCAGAUCUGGAGGAAUGGCUGCCAGCAGUCCUCGAAGUCAUGAAGACACGACAUCGUGCUACCCGCAAAGCGGAAGAUCGGUCCAAGGGAACUCCGGGCAGACCGAAGGACGAGGACCUCGACCCAUCCUUCGGAGAGACGGAGGACGAGAACGUCGAGAGCUUCACCAGACUGCUUGCGGAUGAACUGUUGGCUUUGGCACAUGAAGAGGUCAAGGAGCAAGGUCCACGGAUCAUGGGUUGGCGUCGACCCUGCUUCGGUGAAGCACCUCUCUCACGUUUCCGUGCAAAGCAGGAGGGCACCAACCCAUCACAGCGACAGACCUGGGAGAAGGUCAGGGAGAAGUUGACCGAAGCUGUCCGCCGCUUCGGCUAUCGAACCGAGGGAGGGGAUGAGAUUCCUGCAGGCAGAACAAUCGAGGCUGACGGCUCGUCAGGUGGAGCCGUCACAAUGUCCAACAUGGAUGAAGGCAUCGAUGCUCUGCUCGAAGAAGAUAUUUGCAGUGAUGAGGCAUCCUGGUUAGACAUCAAGGGCGACGUGCAGAAGGUCAAAGACCAGGUUGCUGGGAUGAUUUUCAUGGAUCUUGUCGACGAGAUGGUCACGGAGAUUGGCAGCAUGUGGUCCGCAUAA